ACUGGCUUGCCUGGGCUCACUGAGCAUGCUCAGACCCCUCAGUGUUGUCAGGCAAAAUAUAAGACAGCAGUAGCAGCAGCAGAGAUCUGCAAUAGAUAAACACACAGACCCACACACACACACACACACACACACCAGCUGGAUUGCUGCUCGCAGACACACACACCACAAAGCACAGAGAGACAGACACCGUAGAAUUGGGGAACCGUGGCUCUGGUUUCUCUAAAAUCCUAUUUUAAUGGGCUUCUUGUCAUCUAUCAUUUCAGUGGAAAACAGCCACCAAGAGAGGGAGAGGCAGGUGUGCCCUUUAAGAGGGGGAGCAGCUGAGGCAAGGACAGCAUCUGAGUCUCCAUCCUCUGUGGAGGUUUUGCUGUUCUGAAGAGUGCGAGAAAGAGAGGUGGUCAGCCAGAGCCCUCCGGUUUUCUGUUCUUGUUCCUUCCACCUGGAAAUAUGCUGCAAUGGUUGGCAGUAUUCAAAGGCCUAAACCUGUCUGAGUGAGCCCUAUGAACAGCAGACCCAAUGGACAUCAAAGGCCAGUGUUGGACAGAUGAGGAGUCGGACGGGGAGAACGAGUCGGAACAAUUCCUGUAUGGCAUUCAGGGGAGCUGCGCUGCUGACCUGUACCGCCACCCUCAACUGGAUGCAGAUAUUGAGGCAGUAAAAGACAUCUACACUGACAGUGCUGUCUCUGUUAGGGAGUAUGGAACCAUUGAUGACGUGGACAUCGAUCUUCAUAUUAACAUCGGUUUCUUAGAUGAGGAGGUUGCAACAGCUUGGAAAGUUAUCAGAACAGAGCCCAUUAUUCUGAGACUGCGCUUUUCUCUUUCUCAGUACCUCGAUGGACCUGAGCCGUCAGUAGAAGUGUUCCAGCCCUCCAAUAAAGAAGGCUUCAGCUUGGGCCUACAGCUCAAAAAGAUCCUGAGCACGUUCACCUCGCAGCAGUGGAAGCACCUCAGUAAUGAGUUCCUCAAGGCCCAGCAGGAGAAGAGGCACAGCUGGUUCAAAGCCGGAGGAACCAUCAAGAAGUUCCGCGCCGGGCUCAGCAUCUUCUCCCCCAUACCCAAGUCUCCGAGUUUUCCUCUGAUCCAAGACACAGUUUUAAAAGGGAAGCUGAGCGUCCCGGAGCUGAGAGUGACCCGCCUGAUGAACCGCUCUAUCUCAUGUACCAUGAAGAACCCCAAAGGGGAGCUCUUCAGCUAUCCGCCAAACAGCCAGACUGUGGCUGUCCCGGCGGCCAGGGCCCCUGCGCAGAUUACCACGAGGCAGCUGAUUGAAUUGUUUUUCUCAUCCCAGGCGGGCGGCCACUGCAAGAACAUCCCUACCUUGGAGUAUGGCUUCUUAGUGCAGAUAAUGAAGUACUCAGAGCAGAGGAUCCCUACGCUCAACGAGUACUGCGUGGUGUGCGACGAGCAGCACGUCUUUCAGAAUGGAUCCAUGCUGAAGCCGGCUGUGUGCACCAGGGAGCUGUGUGUGUUCUCCUUCUACACUCUGGGUGUGAUGUCCGGAGCUGCAGAGGAAGUGGCCACCGGAGCAGAGGUGGUGGACCUACUUGUGGCUAUGUGUCGAGCUGCUCUCGAGUCUCCCCGUAAGAGCAUCAUCUUUGAGCCCUACCCAUCAGUCGUUGACCCCAAUGACCCCAAGACUCUGGCCUUCAACCCAAAGAAGAAUUAUGAGAGACUGCAGAAAGCAUUGGACAGCGUCAUGUCCAUUCGGGAAAUGACCCAGGGCUCAUAUCUAGAGAUCAAGAAACAGAUGGACAAACUUGACCCUUUGGCCCACCCCCUGCUACAGUGGAUUAUUUCCAGUAACAGGUCUCAUAUCGUCAAGCUGCCUCUGAGUAGGCAACUGAAAUUCAUGCACACCUCCCACCAGUUCCUGCUGCUCAGCAGCCCCCCGGCCAAGGAGGCUCGUUUUCGCACUGCCAAGAAGCUUUAUGGCAGCACCUUCGCCUUCCAUGGUUCCCAUAUAGAGAACUGGCACUCUGUUCUGAGAAAUGGACUAGUCAAUGCCUCUUAUACCAAACUGCAGCUGCAUGGGGCAGCGUAUGGAAAGGGCAUCUAUCUGAGCCCCAUCUCCAGCAUAUCUUUUGGAUACUCAGGAAUGGGGAAAGGACAGCACCGCAUGCCCACCAAAGAUGAACUGGUGCAGCGUUACAACCGCAUGAACACCAUACCACAGAGCCGUCCAAUACAAUCAAGGUUUCUUCAGAGUCGAAAUCUGAACUGCAUCGCUCUGUGCGAAGUUAUCACAUCUAAGGAUCUGCAGAAACAUGGUAACAUCUGGGUGUGUCCAGUAUCCGACCACGUCUGUACUCGCUUCUUUUUUGUGUAUGAGGAUGGCCAAGUAGGAGACGCCAACAUCAACACCCAGGAGCCUAAGGUGCAAAAGGAGAUCAUGCGUGUGAUUGGGACCCAGAUCUACUCCAGCUAAUGGCGGUUCUCCAUACGUUCUCUCUGGCGGAGGCACACAGGCAGGCAGACAGCGAAUGUUUGGGCGAGCCGACCUCAGGCCUGAUAACUGAAGGCCGAGGGAGCUCUUGAGCACAUUAUUUCUAAAAGUCGUUUUGUUCUGGUCCUCUCAUUUUCCUCUCCCUUCUUUGUUCCUCUUCUCCGAGUGGUUACACAUUACAUGUUCAUUUAACCUUCAGUUCAGGUUUGACCUGGUUAAAGUCAGUCUCAGUUAACACACCGCUAAAGAAAAAAAAAAGAAAGUAGCCACUGGUAUGGCUCUCCACACAUGCACACACUUUCAAACCCCUGGGUCGACUGGGAUUUCUUAUUUCUUGCAGCACUUUCACUGAUCUUUUGGACUAAUUAUCUCUAUUUAUCAUUUCUCUUUGUGAAUAUCUAGUAAAAAAAAGAAAAAAAAGAAUCAUUCCAAACGAUAAUUACAUUCCUUUGUGGCAAAUAAGUGAUGGAUUUACACGCACAUAGAAGUUUGUUCUCUUAUUGUGUUUGCAAAGGCAUUAUCUCCGAUCCGUUUAUUUAAUAUUCUUUGACUAAUGACAUGAAUUAAGGUCUGUGACAUGGUUAUCUGAGGGGCGAGCACUGCUCUGUCAUUUUGUCCUUGUUCGCUCCCAGAAUCCAAUAAGCGAGGUGUGGCUUGAACUCACGCUACAUACACUGUAGGCACUUUGUUUUUGAUAACAUCAUCAAAUGUACAAAUCCAGCCAUUAACAGAACAGUGAUUUUUCACUGCAGAAUCAAGACAGAUGUCAUCGACGAUGCACUUCCAAAACCUCACAGCCCCCCAAAUGUCAAACAAACGGGAAUUUAAAAAAGAAAAAAAAUAUCUGACUGGAUGGAAGUGACAACAAGGGUCAUAAAAUAAUAUAAAAAAACAAACAGUGGAUUUAAUCUGUGGACAUGUUAUAUCUGUCGCCUAUGUUCUAUGUUUUCAAAAAACUACCAUAAUCUGUAGCGCGCCAUUAUAUUGUUCACUUUUUCUUUCAGUGGUGGAUAUCUCAUUUCAAAAUGAAUCUCUUUGUGUAUGAAGUACACUUCUCAUUGGAGUCACAAUUUACAAAAUCCACUGUACAGAAAAAUCAUGGACAACUUUACCAAACUUAUCUACUGACAGUAUCCAGUCCGGGUGAGCUCACAUCCUCCUAGCCCCUACCUGAUGGACACUGGAUGCUAUCGAUCGGCAUUAACUCUACGGUUUCACCUUGGAGAAUGGCAACCUUGUAUAGCUAAUCAAGAUUAUCAGUUAGUCAUGUACUGUAUGUAUGUAUGUAUGUACGUGUGGGUUUGUAUUUUCUUGACAUUAUACUAGACAUUGCACUUAUUCAACGUUUGCCUAAACUGGAGAAAAUGGGACUGUCCUUGGACCUGCAGAAAGUAUUUAUGGAGUCAGCAAGACUAUAAUAUCCAACAUCUUAACCAUGUCUGUACUGAGACGGGCUUUCAGUGUCUCCUGGAACUUAAAAAUUCGGACUACUGAAUGGACUUUGAGUUACCGAAAGAGAGCGAAUUGUAAAUAAGGACAAUUGGAGACCUCGUUGAAAUGUAUUGCCCUGAAAGAAGUGGACAUGUACAGCUUACUCAUUGUGUUGCGGGGGACUGUGCUAAUAGCUGACGGCUGUUUUUUUUUUUCUUUGCCAAAGAGACUUGAGCAGCGAGUCUCUUUGAGAAUCUAUUCUCCGGCUGUCUGUCUCUGGUGAGUAAUGUUUUCAAAGAUAAUGUUGACGACAAUGAUGGUGAUUAUGAUGAUGAAAGGCGACGAUGCAGGAGAAAAAAAAAAAGAAUAAAGCCUGAUUUUGCACAGUUUUACA